CGUCACCACAAUCAGUGAUCACAGCAACCGCAACACCGUGCCGUGUACAGGAAUAUUCUACUAUCCAUUCCAUAAUGACAGAGUCCAAACAAAGCUAUGGAGCUAUCCCUGGCGAUGCUCCUCGCCGCAAAUCAAGCGCCCCGUCCAGGGAAGACCUCGGUCGCGCAUGCAGCAGGGUGUCGCUGGUGGAGAUCUCUCCAGCUUCUCCUCCUUCUUCCGUCGACAUCGAAGGCGGCGGUGAACCGGGAGGGCCCCUCUACUCCAUCAUGGCCGAGAUUAUGCCGAUCAUGAACAUUGUUUCCUAUGUUCCGCUUGUCCUCCCCAGCUUUCUAUCGGACGACUUGGACCUUGCCGCAACCCUUGCCACUGGAUUGUCCGUCCUCACCAUGAUCGUAGACUACCUUUGGUACAAAGUGGGGGGAUCCAAGAUUGCGGUGAAGGUGCUGAGCACCUCCCUCGCUAUUGCCUACGGAUCCGUCUUCCUUCUCACCMGCGGAUUGCUCGGUCCCUCCAUUCGGGAUAUGUGCCUUCAAAUCGCCUGGUUCAACGCCAUUUCGAACAGUCUCAUUUUUCUGUGCCUGUUGCUGGCAUACAAGCACGGGCAUUCCUUUGUGAAGGACGCCCUGACAGACUCGAUGGGGGAGGCCCAGUUGUCCUACCCCAUCAUUAUGCACCUCGAGAGCCGGCUGGAAGUCAACUGGCUGGCGGCCUUUCUCGGCAUGGCCCUGGCCGGCCUAACCGGAGCUCUCUUCGGCAACGAAGACAGCAGCGAUCUGUUCGUGACGCUCUUUGUCGAUCCUGCAUACGCGAUCAACAUCUUCCUGGGCCUCGGCUUCGUCGGGAUGGCUAUGUAUCCGAAGCACCUGAUCAAUACCAUCGACGAAAAAAUGGAGUUCUACAAGGACGAUAUCGCUCGGUGGGAAGAAGAACAUCCCGAUGCGGAAGUCCCUUUUGGAAUGGAGUAACACAUGAAUGUCAAAGACGACACCAACAACAAUUGCUUCCUGAGUAAUCUUUUCAAGCAGGUCGAAUAGUUAAAGAAAGAUCACGAUCACUU